AUGUUAAACGCGUUGGCAGAGGAACAGAUUGAAGCAGACAAACAGCACAAAAAGAUGAAAUUAAGAAUGCAGCAUCAUAAAGGAGCAGGAUUGGGAGAAGAAAUAAGUGUAUGUACAUACGUAUGUGCUAACCACAACAACAACAACAACUGCAACCGCAACAACAACAGCAACAGGAACCGCCACAGUAACAGCAACUGCAAACGCAACAACAACAGCAACAGGAACCGCAACAGCAACAGCAACUGCAACUGCAAACGCAACAGGAACCGCAACACCAACAGCAGCAAAAUGUAUAUCAAGUACAUUAUAGAUAUGGAUGGGUUCAACGUGAACAAAGAGUUUCUUUCCAAAGAAUUGGCUAUACUAGACACGGAUACUGAACGCCACACCUCCAACAGAGCAGGGGGCGUGGCAUCCACACAAAAGGGGAGGGGCGAGCGCUGUGAUUGGUCAGUGGGCCAGAAACCGCUUUACCCUAACUACUUAGUGAAACGUCUGCAGGAGAUCACAGAACAGGAACAAACCAUUAUCUCCGAACAGUUUGGGUUUAAAAAAGGGAAAAGCACUAAGCUACAGCUCGGCAGAAUCAUAGGCCACAAAAGACAAACAUUUGUGACCACGCUGGACCUAAGUAAAGCAUACGAUCGCGUACGGCACGCCGGAUUAAUUCAAAAAAUGGCAAACCAAGAAAUCCCACGUUAUAUAAUCAGAAUUAUGCUCAACUACAUCAAGGAUAGGAAAAUGUUCGUCCAGUACAAAGACAACAAGUCGGUGGAAAGACAGCUGCAAACCGGAUUACCGCAAGGCAGCUAUCUAAGCCUAAUACUACGAGAUAGCAAUAGUAACGACAGCGGAGAAAACACACACCAUCAUCAAAAAUUCGGAAAACUAAAAGAGAUUGAAGAGUUCGCACAGAAGUGGAAGAUGAAAGACAACCCAAGAAAAACGGAGGCCACCACCAGAGGAGAGUGGCAAGAUACAAUUAAAGUGAUGAACCAAAACAGGGCACUGGGACAUCGCCAGAGGGAAAGGAAUCGCGGCGUACAACAUUAUCAGACGGUACAUACUCCCAAGUACACCCCUCUGUACGAAAAUCAAAAUCAGUUUAAACAAAACAUAUGUGAGGUCGGUUCUGUUGUAUACAGCACCGGUGUGGAGCAACGCAGGCAAAACCUACAUCAAAAGACUCCAAACUCUCGAAAACAGGGUACUAAAAACAAUAUUAAACAAAACGGACACGGGAAAUCUCCAACGCCCAACUCUACCAAUCAACAGAGACAACCCCACUGA